GCGGAGACGGUAUCAGCAGCAGCAGCGCUGCGAGCGAUGAGAUGAUCGCUCAGCAGCAAAAGCUAGUGAGAGUUGGUGAUGAAAUGAAGAGGCCCUGCAGCAGCCUCUUUUCGAGGGUGCUGCAGAUCUCACCGGCAAAAGUGCCCUUGCCGCUGUCGCCGAGGGCGAUAAAGCCGAUGCCGACGAUCGGCGAUAUGGUCAAGCUUGAACACGGUGUGCAAAUCUCCCCUCGUGCUCCCGGGAUGAAGAGAAGAAAGAGCCAGGCAAAGAAAGUGGUUUGCAUUCCAGCGCCAGCAGCAGCAAGCAGCAGGCCAAGUGGAGAAGUGGUGCCAUCUGAUCUAUGGGCUUGGAGGAAGUAUGGACAGAAACCCAUCAAGGGUUCCCCUUAUCCUAGGGGCUACUACAGAUGCAGCAGCUCAAAGGGAUGCUCGGCAAGAAAACAGGUAGAAAGAAGCAGAACUGAUCCAAAUAUGCUAGUCAUCACCUACACAUCUGAGCACAACCACCCUUGGCCUACUCAACGAAAUGCGCUCGCGGGGUCCACAAGAACACAGCCGCACAAGAACUCCUCCACCUCUUCAACCUCCAAAUCCUCAACCUCAACUUUGAAGGAAGAGCCUAAAAAUAUCAACCCUAAUACAAAUUCAAGUUCAAGUUUGCCUACAGUUAAAGAAGAAGUCGUUAGUGGAAUGGAUAACGUAACGGUUGACAAUGUGUUCUACAAUGAGCCAGCGUCAAUGGCUGGUUCGAGCCAACCCGAUGAUUUCUUUGCUGAUUUGGCUGAGCUUGAACCCGACCCGAUGAGCCUUAUUUUCUCGGGGUCAGGGUUCGUUGGACAGAAGCCUGAAACUGAUCAGGAGAAGGAGAGUAGUAAGGGAUUGGACCCUUUCAUUGAUAAUAUGUUUAAUUGGUGAAGGUUUGAUCAUAGAAUGUUUAUUACUUACUUAGUUGUUAAUUAGCUUACGUAUUGGUUUCGGGGCUAUUUUUAGUUUUUAGUUUCUUUUCCUUAUUUUCUAGGGCUAAUUGCGGAUAGACCUUUGUCGUAGUUCUAUUAUAUAUUGCAAAUAGGCUCCUUAUUGAAAUUUUCAACUCUUUUAUCGAUCCUUGGAGAAAAGAGAAACUGUUUUUCGACAAAUAGAUCUAUAUAUAUGCAAUGAGCAAUAGUAGAGGGAUCUAUCCGCGAUUGGGGAGUGUAUAUAUAUGCAAUGAGCCAUAGUAGAGGGAUCUAUCCGCGAUUGGGCAAUACUAUAAGGUGGUACAUCAGCAAUUAAUUAACCCUAUUGUUUAAGGAAUGGAAGAGAGCCUACAACCCUGCAUAGUUUGGGGGUGGAUUGUGGGGAGACCCACAUAUAUGGGGAUGUUGGAGGAUGAGACAGAAAGCUGAAGAACAGAAGCUUUCAACAGUUAGAGAUGGCAAGUACAUGUCUGAGAUGUGACAGAAAAAGGCUAGAUUAAUUACAUGGAGAACCUGAUGUAAAUUGUUCAUAAAAAAAGGGUUAUGAAUUUGCUUCU